CAUGAAGUGCGUGUGGAUGUGUGCGUUGUUCCUGUUCACUCUCAUCCAUGGCGGUUGGACCAUCGGUGAUCAGCGCUGCUCUAAUGAACCCCACUGCAGGCUUGACCCAGAGGUCAACAUGAACAUUACACAGAUCAUUCGGCGGUGGGGUUACCCUGCAGAGGAGCAUGAGGUCGUGACAGAGGAUGGCUACAUCCUGACAGUCAACAGGAUCCCUCAUGGACUCAGACACUCUGCAGGUGGUUUUCUAAUUCUAUUCCAGUUUUUUGUAGUUGUUUUUACUUACACCAGUACGCUGAUAAAGAUUAGCUAUGAUGAAAUGGCUCUGAAGGAUCUCCCUGCCGUUAUCAACCAUGUUCUGAAGGUGACGGGACAGGAAAAGAUCUUUUACAUCGGACACUCCCAAGGAACCACAAUUGCAUUCAUAGCGUUCUCCACACUACCUGAGCUGGCAAGUAAGAUUCGGCUAUUCUUGGGAUUGGCUCCUGUAGCGACCGUGGCGUUCACCUGCAGUCCUGUAACCAAACUCUCUAAACUGCCAGAAUGUUUGAUCAGGGGCCUGUUUGGAAAGCGGGACUUCCUGCCACAGAGCCGCUACAUCAAAUGGUUGGCUGAACAUGUGUGUGCAAAGAAGUGUCUGGAUGAGCUGUGUGGAAACCUCUUCUUCGUCAUCUGUGGCUAUGAUAAGAAAAACCUUAACAUGACUAGGAUUCCGGUCUACACCACUCACUCCCCUGCUGGGACGUCUGUCCAAAACAUGAUCCACUGGGCGCAGGAACUCAGAGCCUUUAUGCCAAUGAUGUGGUCGGGACAGCUCUGUCAGGGUCUUACCCCGGGUGAUGUCAUCGGCGGGGUUGUUAGCACUGUUCACAUACCUCCAGUGGUUCACGUCCGUAAGGCUCUGUAUCUCUGCCACUCGGGUGAGCCAUUUGUCGCUCAGACUCUGUGGCUGAAUUGGCUCAUCCCAGCCGAUCUGUUCUUUUCAAAGAUCCUCAACCAGAAUCCUGGCUCUGGUGAUAAAUGGCAGUGGAGACACAUAGAAGGCAACAGAUGCACCAUGAAGCUGUACCACAUCCUGGUGAACAGUUCGGAGGGUAUUGGAUGGUCACUUGAGGGUGCAAAACUCUGGUUUAUGAGAUCGUCCACACUUCCAACAUCGAUGUCCAUCCUGUAUCCACCUCACAACCUGUCAACUCCCCCAGAGUUUCGGGUUAAAGACAUGAAGGUUCCUACUGCCCUAUUUUCUGGGGGACAUGAUACUUUGGCGGACCCGAAAGACAUGGCUGUUCUUCUCACUCAGGUCUCCAACCUGGUCUACCAUCAGCAUAUUGAGCACUGGGAACAUCUGGAUUUCAUCUGGGGGAUGGAUGCUCCUCAGGUUAUGUUUCCAUCCAUUCUGAAGCUGCUGCAGCAACAUCAGUAGAGACACAGAGAUCAUUCCUCUAGAUGACCAGCAGAGGACAAGAUGCCUGAGCUGAAGGUCCAGCAGUCAGGUUUUAUCAGGACCAUUUGAUUUUAUGCUUUUAUAAGGAAGUUUAAGGUGAUUGUGAAUUUAGAGAGAAAAAACAGUUUUCAGAAACAGAACGGCAGCAGAUUCUCAGUUUGAGUUCAAAUAUGCUUUAACUCAGGUUUAAAGACCCUCAAGGCUCCAGAACCACAAAAUAAAAAAAGAAGCAGAAUUAGCUUUUAUGGCCCAGAACCAUCAGAAGCUCUGCACAGGUUUUUAUUAAAGGUUCAUCUGAACUGUUUUAUAUUCAACCCACAGAAGUUUCAUUAAAGACAGACGCUCCUGUUGAGGGCAGAACCUGCAAAAGAACGCUGAGCGUUCGGUUUGCAUUAGAAAUGUUUAAAAUUCAUUAAAAAAGAUGUUUCCUAGAUGCUGCGGUUUUUGAUAUUCUGUUUAAACAUCCAUCUUUAUACCACUGAGAACUGCAGUUGUGUUUUACUGUAACCUGCUCUGAAAUAGGAAGAACCACAAUGUUCAUGAUAAGCUGUGAAUUAAAGCUGCUCACUUUCAAAUCCAGAUCUUUGUUUUUAUUUGGACCAGAACCAGAAUUCAGUUGCAAUUGGUUCAGAGUUUCUUUUUCUUUGCAGUUUAUUGAAAGGACAAAGAUGGGGUUGUUUCUUUGAC